GGACAGAAGGCUUGUUCUUGCUACACUUUUGAAGGUGAGAUGACCGACAAAAUGUUGAACUGGAAAAAGGCAAAUGAAUCUUGUGAAGCUACAAAUAAACACCUUGUUGUCAUGGAGACUGAGAGAGAGUGGAGAUUUAUUACCGACGAAAUUGGGAAGCGAGAUACCAAAUAUAAUGAGUGGCACAUUGGUUUGUUCAAUGCAAGUGGAAACUGGACCUGGAUCAAUGGUAAACCUCUAGCUUUAAGUAAAUGGCAAAAAAAUGAUCAAGAUGAACCAGGCCCUGAGGACCUUUACGGUCUCAUUCAUAAGAACUAUCCUCUGGGUUCUUAUGGGACAUUCAGCAGCAACGCGGGAGUUAUACGUAGAGAUUAUAUUUGCGAGCAAGAAACAGGUAAAACUAAGUCACAUUUAGGUGUACUCUAA